AUGGCGCUUGUGUGGCAUGUAGGAGAUGAAAUUAUUUUUAUAUUUUUUUUCGGGCUCUCCAACUGUGUCUGGGCUUUAUUAUGUGAGUUGGACUCCUUUGCAGAUCAGAUUUCCAAUUGGUGUAGGCUUUUGACUGUUGUUGGAGUUGGAUUCCCAGUAGGAAUGAGCUUGCGAUCCCUCCUUGACCUGGGUUGUCCAACCUGUAUAAAUACAGGGCUUUUCUUCACUCUUUCUCACAUCACAAACUUAACUUCUCUACCUUCUAGCUUGAGAAAGAUCUUAGAGAAUUUGUACUGCUUUGAUGAAGAGAGGAAUUGCUGUGCAUCCAGAGAGGUGGUCCAACCGUGGACUCCUAGCUAUGGUCGCAGCCUCAUGACGGAGGGUAGCUUACUAGGCCAGCAUGCGCCAGGGCCUGGAGCUGAUCUGAGCUGGUCUUGCGCACAUUGGGCUCAAAGAGAGAAAAAAGGAGGCGCUGGGCUUUGGAGCAGGAGCAGAGAGGCGCUGGGCUGCUCGACGUGGGCCUGCGCUAUGCAGGCGGGCCUUGCACGCAGGGCUCGAGGCGUGUCGGGCUUGGACCUGGGCCGGAUUCGAGCUGGUGAGAUGGGCUCGAGCUGCUAG